CUCAGUGUGUGUGAUGAGCUCCGUCUGCCAGCAUGCUGCGGUGUGUGUUGUGUGUGUUUGCCCUGCUUUUGUCCGCAGAGCCCGGCGGCUCUGCUCAGAUUUACCCGCUGGGAGACGAAGGCGGGCUGGGGAGACAGUUUGACGGGAUCGGAGGUUUGAGCGGCGGCGGGGCCACCUCUCGGCUGCUGGUGAACUAUGCGGAGCCGUACCGCAGCCAAAUCCUGGACUUUCUGUUUAAGCCAAACUUUGGAGCCUCUCUGCACAUCCUGAAGGUGGAGAUCGGAGGAGACGCUCAGACGACUGAUGGGACGGAGCCCUCCCACAUGCAUUACGAGAAUGAUGAGAAUUUCUUCCGCGGCUACGAGUGGUGGCUCAUGAAAGAAGCCAAGAAGAGGAACCCCAACAUCACACUCAUAGGCCUGCCCUGGGCUUUUCCUGGGUGGGUGGGCCACGGGAAGAACUGGCCUUAUGACUUUCCAGACAUCACGGCCUCGUAUGUGGUGAACUGGUUCCUCGGGGCGAAAAGGUACCAUGACCUGGACAUCGACUACGUUGGGAUCUGGAACGAGCGGAACUUCGAUGUGAAGUACAUCAAGCUGCUGCGCUACACUUUGGACAAGUUUGGCCUGCAGAGGGUCAGGAUCGUAGCCAGUGACAACCUCUGGGAGCCCAUUGCCCUGUCGGUGCUGCUCGACCCCGAGCUCAGCACGGCUGUAGACGUGCUCGGGGCUCAUUAUCCCGGCACCAAGACCAGUGCGGAGGCCCUGAAGACGCAGAAGAAACUGUGGUCGUCUGAGGACUACAGCACCUUCAACAACGAGGUGGGAGGAGGCUGCUGGGCCCGGAUCCUCAACCAGAACUACGUCAACGGAAACAUGACCGCCACGAUCUCCUGGAACCUGGUGGCCAGUUACUACGAGGACCUGCCGUUCGGCAGAGACGGCCUGAUGACAGCCGAGGAGCCGUGGAGCGGGAAUUACGUGGUGGAGUCUCCCAUCUGGAUCACAGCUCACACCACACAGUUCACCCAGCCUGGAUGGACGUACCUGCAGACUGUUGGACACCUGGAUCAAGGUGGAAGUUACGUGGCCCUGACCGAUGGCGAAGGAAACCUCACUGUCGUCAUAGAAACCAUGACUCACGAUCAUUCAGUCUGCAUCAGACCUCCGCUGCCUCGCUUCAAUGUGACGGCCCAGAAGGCAACGUUCCAGCUGAAGGGAUCAUUCGCUUCCAUAACGGAACUUCAAGUCUGGCAGUCGCAGUUCAACUUCAAAACAAAACAACCCACUUUCUUCAAAAAACUCCCCCCAAUCAAGCUGGUGAACGGCUCCUUCAGCGUCAGCCUGGCCGAAGACGAGGUUUACACCUUCACUACAAUCACCACGGGAACGAAAGGCAGCUUUCCCGACCCGCCGCCCUCCGCUCGCUUCCCCAAAGCGUACAAAGACGACUUCGACGUUCGGAGCCCUUCUUUCUCCGAGGCGCCGAACUUCGCCGACCAGACGGGCGUGUUCGAGUACUACACCAACCUGUCCGACCCCGGCCCUCACGUCUUCACCCUACGUCAAGUGGUGACCGAGAGGCCCGUGACGUGGGUGGCGGACGCCGACCAGACCGUCAGCGUCGUCGGGGACUUCCAGUGGCAGAACCUGACCGUCACCUGCGACGUGUUCAUGGAGGAGGUCCAGACCGGCGGCGUGUUCAUCGCGGCCCGGGUGGAUCGGGGGGGCCAGUCCGUCCGAAACGCCAAAGGAGUCUAUUUCUGGGUGUUCGCUGACGGAACCUACAAAGUGACAAACGAUAUAGCUGGACAGACGGUGCUCGCUGAGGGCCUGUCCGGGACUCGAGCGUAUCACUGGUACACUUUAUCAAUCACUGUGACGGGCCACCUGGCGUCCGGGCUCCUGAAUGGAUAUCCUCUGUGGAAAAAUGCCGUGGUCCUGUCUCCGAAGAACGGCUGGGCGGCUAUCGGAACAAAGUCUUUUGAGCUCGCUCAGUUCGAUAACUUCGCUGUGGUGGCAGAUUAGCUGUUUCUGUGUGAAACGAUGGGAAUGUGCUUUCUAAUAACUCGCCUUGAUUAAUGUGCUGGUUCAACACCUAAGUGACCUUUAAGGAAAUCUAAAUACUUUUCUUUCUGUGAAGUUGUGUCAAAGACGCAGUGAAAGAUCAGAGACACCCUGAAACAAAAUGCACUGCAGUCUUUAUCUUUACUAUUUGAUGGAAUUGUUCAGGUUUUUGCACUUUAAAUGAGAUUUUAACUACUUUUUAGUUUUUAUAAUUUGUGUAUGUGUGAAAAGGGACUUGAUGUGCUUACCUCACGGAUGUGAACAAUUUGUUUUAAACCUGUUUUUACCGACUGACCGGAUUUGUACAGUUGUGAGUUUGUGGGAUUGAAAUGUUACAAAGCAACACGAUGCUGUAACCUCACUACUUUUGGCAGUCAUGACGCAGUAAAUGAUUGUUCCAAGUUAAUAACACAGUUGCACAGUUGCUGUUGAUGAUUCUUUCACAAAAAGUUGGAGAAACACAGAGAAACUGAGACCUGGCAAUAGUAUGAAGCAUCAGCAGAAACCUACAGUACCUGUGGUGACCUCUAGAGGGCGUGUGCACAUCUGUAGUUGAUUAGUUUAGUUCUUGUGCGUGUGUUCUGUGUGUGUGGGUGUGUUUAGUUUUUUUAAUUUUUAAAUCUUUGGAGAAUCCUUGAGUGAAUCUGACCUGCUCACAGUUGACAGUUCAGUGAUGUUUGCUUUAAUGACACAAGCCUGACUUUACCAAGUAACUUUUGAUUUGCAGUAAUCAGAUAUUUGAUCGACACACCGAAUUUCUGUGGGUUGUUCACUGUCCAGCUGAUGUGGUACCGCCAAAUAUAUCUUAUAAACCUGAGAAUCAAUGGAUGUGUGAUUUAAAGAAAAAAAAUAAAACUUCUAUUUUGACCUAAAUUCAAGUGUAAUUUUCUGUUUUCCAGCCUGGU